CGCGCAUCGGAUUGUUUCAGUUUGUAACAAUGUCGGCAUUGGAUUAAGACGGUGUGGUCUUGGGAACUUGUGGCUUUCUGUCUAAUGGUUCGGUUUACGUGACUAAUAAACUAAGGAAAGCGUGAAAGUAACUUACAAAAUGGAUUGGAACCAAGGAAGAAACUGCAAUUUAUCUCAUCUUAGCCCUGAACAGCAGCAGUAUUUGUUACGGGUCAGCAGUGCUGCAGGCAAUUCUGUUCAAACUCAAGCAGUAUACUCACAAAAUUCUUACAACCACAGAAGUGGGGAUCAGUUUGUUGUCAAAUCACAGGUCAAAGAUCAAAUAAUAAAAAAGUUAUUAACUGCAUCAACUACUGAAGACUUUUUCCGGGUACAACAAUCAUUAAUGGCAAGUGGAGUGCACAGACAAUCCAAUCAAAAUCAAGUAAAUGUUCCUGGAGUAAAAGUGCCAUAUAAUUCUCCCACUUUUCCUGAGACAAUAAAAACUGCUGCUCCUGCAGUCGAUUAUCGAAACACCCAAAAUGUUCAAGUGGCAACUCCUAACUAUAGGAGACAAAGUCAAUCUAAUGUAGCUCCAAUGUCUCAGCAGUCCUCUUCUGUUGGAGGUGGAUCUCCGUAUGGAGGGAGCAGUUGUGGCGCAAGAGAAGUGCAGUUUUCUGCAAAAAACUAUCAAGGAGCUGGCAGUUUUGUGAAUUCUCAACCUAGGAUGCAACAGCAUGUUCAAAAUGGUGAACUACCUUAUUAUACUGCCCAAAGGCCAAAUCUACAGCCUGCCCAAAGGCCAAAUCUACAGCCUGCCCAAAGGCCAAAUUUACAGCCUGCCCAGAUGCCAAAUUUACAGCCUGCCCAGAUGCCAAAUUUACAGCCUGCCCAGAUGCCAAAUUUACAGCCUGCCCAGAUGCCAAAUUUACAGCCUGCCCAGAUGCCAAAUUUACAGCCUGCCCAGAUGCCAAAUUUACAGCCUGCCCAGAUGCCAAAUUUACAGCCUGCCCAGAUGCCAAAUCUACAGCCGGCCCAGAUGCCAAAUCUACAGCCGGCCCAGAUGCCAAAUCUACAGCCUGCCCAGAUGCCAAAUCUACAGCCGGCCCAGAUACAGUAUCUCCCUCGAUUGCCAAACAUGAACUCUCCUAAUCAAUCUGCAUCAGAUUUACAGAAGGGAACCUCUCAUCAACAAAAAUGGAAUACAACAGUUGACCCCUGUAUUGCAACUCGAAAUACAAGUGAAUGUGCUCAAAGCCAGCAAUCGAAUGCGAUGCAAAAUUUUCCAAAUGCAUCAUUAACAAACUCUAGCUGGCCUCAGAAAUCCUCAGAAAGUGUUCCUGCAAAUAUGAAUACCUCUGCUAAGCAAUGCAUAUAUAGUCAAGCUGGAAAUUCAGCAGCAAAUUUUAAUAGUAUGCAACAAGUUCCACAGUACCAAAACCAAGUUGGGAUGCAGCAGGCUAUGACACCUAUGCAACAAUCUACGGAGAGCCUGAAUCCAGGUUUGUUGCAGUCACAGAAUUACAGUGCAGAUACAUCUGUGGAGCAAGAAUUAAAAAAAAAACAGGAGUAUAUUAUGCUUUACAAUCUUUAUCUGAGCGUGAAGUCAAACUUAUUGAGGAUUGUUAAUGAAAGGAAGCUUCAAAAGCAAAGUCUCCAAGGCUCUGAAUAUGCAUCACAAGAAACUUCGAGAAGUGUGAAUGUGGUUUCUGGUACACAAACCUAUGCAGCGGGGCAGCAGAAUCAGACCGUGCCAAUGCUUAACUGUGAUGCAGGUCAGCAAAAAGGGCUACAAGCCAAAACUUUCCAGAUGAAUAGUGAUCAUGCUUUUCCACCGCAAGAUGUAUAUGCAGGCAGAGAACAGAACAUCACUAUGGCAAACAACUUGGACACACCUAACAACUUUCCCCCCAAUGCAAGGAAUAUAUCUGGUCAGAACUACUCUUUAUUUGAUGGUGGUCAGAAUAGUUCAAUGCAUUUAAAAUAUGCUAUGCAGAUGGUAAAUGCAAAAUCACCUAAGGAAAAAGUAAAUCGAGAAAAUACAUCCGUACCAGUGCAUCCUAGUACAGUAAGUCCAGUGCAAUGUAGCCUACCGAACACUAAUUCCAGUUCAAAAGUAGAGGAUAUGAAUAGUCAUUUUAAUGAAAAGCCCAAUCGUGCAAAUGGUCCAAUAGGUUUUUUGCAAAGGGACUCCUAUUCAGACCCUCAAAACGUCAAUGCAUCUUACCAGACGUGUGGAAGUACAAAUAUAUUGCAAAGCAGUGGUCCAGUCAAUGUAUCUUAUGGAAACAUCAAUGCAAGCACUCAUCACAGAGCCAAUAGCACAUUGAAUGCUACUAAAGAAGACACUGUUGCUAGUUCCUUAGAAGCUUUAGAAACCUGCCUUGCUCUAUGGAAAUCCAGUUCAAAAAAUGAAAAUGCUAACAGCCAACCUGCCCUUGCAGAACAAAAGUCUGUUAAAGUGAUGGCUGAGAAGAAUGGCUCAAAACAUACUACCAUAGCUCCCAUUUUAUCUUCCUGCGAAGCCUUAUUGACCUCCGGACAGAAGCAAGAUACAGCAACUCAUACUGCACCUAAAGGUACAGAACCUCAAAUUGCUAUUGUUUCUCCGUUAAUAAAAGCAAAAACAAACUCUGCACAACACUCCACUUCCACAACUAAAGUACAAUGUCCUGUUAUUGAAGAAGGUAGUGUGUGUAGUUUAAGUCAUAUAAAAGAGAAAAUUGAGGUUUUUAUCACCCGUAUAACUGCUGAAAAAAUAAAUGACGUUGAUGUCAAAUCUCCAUUAGCCAUAGAAAAAGGUCAGUCUGAAACUAUGUUGCAAUCUGACUCUCUAAAUGUGUCUCCAAAAUGUAAAUCUAGCUCAUCACAAGCCUUUGACUCUCAAGUUGAAUUUAAUAUGGACAGAUCUGAUGAAGAAAUUAAUGAUACAUUACAGAUAGCAAGCAUUUGCUCUCUUGCAGAAGGGAACUCUUUCUAUGAUUCUUCAAUUGCCAUGAUAUUUGACGAUGCUUUGCAGCCAGAUGGGCAAUCUGUGUUGAUAAAACAAGAUACUGUGUUAGAUGUUGAGCAAAAAAUGCAAGGUACCAAGGCAACAGACAUUCUAGGAUCUGUAACUUAUAACCCAUCAAAAGAAGUUGACUCUAGCAUUAAUGAAAACCUAGAAACAGAUUUUAGUCAGUUAAAAGCUAUAGACUAUCUACAAGUAAUGGACAGUAAGGUUGAUGGUACAGAGGAUAAUGAUGGAGAACAUAGCAAAUUAACUGUAGACAUGCCAGAUUCUAAUUCUGUAACAGACCAGUUAACGGAACUUUUAACAGAGUUUCCCUUUGGAAUUAAAAAUUACAUGUCUGAAAAUAGCUAUGCAGGUGCCAGGGAGUCCUUAACAAAAGAAAAGUCUGAGGAGAAGAUUGUUAGUAUACCUGUUGGGCAAAACAGAUUUGAUUGUCUUGAAAAUAGUGUAAGCAGUCCUAGUAAUAUACAGCUGACUAUUUUAACUCAAGAAGAAAUAGCUAAACAUUUCCCUGAUGUGGCAGAUACUCUUUCACAAACCCAUGAAGAACCAAGAGCUGACUGUUGUCAAAGUGAAGUUGGUUUUGUAGAAUCUCAAGAGAUGGAUCUAAAUGUGAGGUUGGAUUUGGUAGAGGGACCCCAAAUUGAACAAACAGUGGACACCUGUCAAAACACAACUCCUAUUGUAGAAUCUCAAGAAUUUUGUGUGAGUUUUAGCACAAACCAGAAAAUAGAGACAGACUUGAAAAAUAGUGACGGAAACACCGAUGCUCAUGAGAAUCUAAACACUGAAGUGGAGGUAACUCCAGAAAAUGUCACUUUUAACGAAGACCUUUCUGAUAAAAAUGUAAACCAGGAAACUGAUACAAAUCCAAAAAAUAGUGUUGUAAAUAUAUUUCCUGAUGAGGAUAUGAACAAGGAAAUAGAGACAAAAUCAAAUAAUCCAGUAAACAAAGUUCCUGAUAAGAACCUAAAUGAAACUGAGCCAAAAGAAAAAAAUAGUUCAGUAAAUAAAGUUCCUGAUAAGAAUCUAUUUUGUUGUUUGUUUAGUUGGUUAACACAUGCAUAUGGUAGCGCACCUAAAUGUGCAUGCAAGGUACCUGAUGGCAAAAAUCUUAGGCCGACAGUUAUGGGUAAUAAAGAUAUUGCUGUGCAAUCAGUGGUAAAGCCCAGCAUUAAAAUUAGUUCAUCUAAUUCCGCUGAAUCUUACAAACAAGAAAACAUCCAGAAACCCCUUUAUGAAGAUGUAGUGUCAAGUAAUGAGAGAAAUUUGGAGGGAUCACAAGACUUAAAUUGUGAUAAAUAUACUGAAGACGAAUUUAAAUCAGUGGAUAAAAAAUGUGAACCACCCCUGGAGAAAAAGAGAUUAAACUCUAUUGAUGAAAGGAACUUUACAUUAAAUAUUAAACCAGAAAGAGAAGAUUCAGCAACUAAACUCAUUAUUAAAACAGACUUUCUGAAGACUAAGCAUUUUGGAAAAGAAAAACUAAAGAGAAAGGAGGGCCAUAAAAAGCAGAAAGGUCCGUCUAAAAAGGUCAAUGACUCAUCAGUUGGUUUCUCAAAACAUUUAGACAGAGCUUUACAACAGCCACAGUCAAGCACUGAUUCAAACGCUGGCAAAGAAACCUGUUCUUCCCCUGAAAGGAAUCAAUGCAAAUUAAUAAACAUUAGUUUAAAGUCUUUCAGGCCACCUAUUGAGGCAAAUUUGUCAAAUUCCGUUCAUAAAGAAAAAAAUGUAUAUACUAAAAGCAAAGAGAGCACACAUUUUGCACAAACUAAAAAAGUUUUAACUAUACAAGAGUAUCUACAAAGAAAAAGAGAACGAGAUGGUAGCAAAAAGCAUGAAACUGGUACAAUGGAAUGUCAUGAAAAGGAGAAAAAUCAGUCAUUGGGAGAGAAAGAUAAGCUUCAGCAUAUCAGUGGACAAUCAAAUUAUUUAAAAAGGAAGUCCUCUGCAGGCAUUAAAUCCCCAUUCAAGCAAAAAGAUCAGCCCAGGCUUUCUAAAACCUAUAGUCCCUUAAAAAAAAAUAAAGUUAAAGAGAGUAUUUCACAAGGUGGUAAAAAAAGCAAACAAAGGUCCUCUGACAAGAAGCAGCAUAAAGGGAAUGGUCCAGAACACUUGAAGACAUUCGGCUCAAGCAAAGAUAAAAUUUACUUAAGUCCUUGUGUAAGCAUUAAACGUACUUCCCAUGAAAGUAUAAGUUUAACAAAACUAGAAUUCAGACCUUCACCGGAGCAGCCUAUUCACAAAAGCAGACGGAAAUCUUGUGAACCAACUUUAAGAGCAACUUCUUCAAACCCUACAGUAAAAAAGCAGAGCGAAUCUCCUAAAAUGUUGGAGUUUAAACUGUUUCCAGAAUUGCUGCAAAGAAGACACUCUCUACAAGAUAGGCCGAGAGACCCAAAGACUGAUACAAAAGACAAAUGUGCAGUUGAAGGGAUUAAGAGCAAAAAGGAAGCAUGGUUUAAAGAUAUUCCAUUCAAGAAGCGAAAGCUAGAGUGCUUGGGAGAACAAGGCAAAACUCCAUCUACCUCAACAGGAUUGAAUUCCACAUCAGCGGAGAGAGAUGCUGUUCGCCAAAACCAAGAUUCAAAAAACACUUUCAACACUUACAAAAAAAUGUACCUAGAAAAGAGAUGCAGAAGUCUUGAUGUUAAUCUGGCAAACUAGCGUACAUCUUCAAUAAUAUUCCAGUAUUAAAUGCCAAGGAAUCCUCCUGAAGACACUUUCCUUGUGAACAAAUACUGCCUAAAUGGUUUACUACAAGUGCAGAUCCUGAACAUCAAGUGCCAGUAUGGUUCAUCCUGUGGUGAAAAACAUCCUUGGAUUUCAGUAUUCCCAAUUUAGUUAGGCCCUUAUUUUAAAUCAAAUAUGGCUAUGCAACUUACAUACAGAACAUAAAUAUUGGUCCUUAUUUUUAGGUCUGCAGUAUGCUGCUAAUUUUGAGGUUUAUCCUCAACAGUUUAAAGCUUUAAAAAAGGGUCUUAGAGGAAAAACACUUUUUUUUUUUUUUUUUGUACAGUUUUUGUUUUGUUUUUUAUAUUUGUUCAUAAACUUAUUUUCUUAUUUUGCCUAUGUUGGCUGCUAUAUUAAUAUUGCACUGUUAAUAUUGUUUUUGUUACAAAUUUGAGAUUUAUUUUUGGACUUUUCCAAAGAAAUAAACAUUUUUUUUUUGUAAAA